CACCCUGAUUUCGUAGAACAAUGUGCGGCAUUUGUUGUUCUGUAAGCUUUUCUGUUGAGCAUUUUAAGAAAGAUUUAAAAGAAGAUUUACUAUAUAAUCUGAAACGGCGGGGACCUGACAGUGGCAAACAGAUAUUAAAAUCUAAUGGUAACUACCAGUGUUUAUUUUCUGGUCAUGUCCUUCACUUGAGAGGUGUCUUGACUGCCCAGCCUGUGGAAGAUGAAAGAGGCGAUGUAUUCCUAUGGAAUGGAGAAGUCUUUGGUGGAGUAAAGAUUGAAACUGAAGAGAACGAUACUCAUAUUAUGUUUAAAUAUCUUUCCACUUGUAAGAGUGAAUCUGAUAUUUCGUUACUAUUCUCAGAAGUACAGGGUCCUUGGUCUUUUAUAUAUUAUCAAGCAUCUAGUCAUUACUUAUGGUUUGGUAGGGAUUUUUUUGGUCGCCGUAGCCUGCUUUGGCAGUUUAGUAAUUUAAGCAAGAGUUUCUGCAUCUCUUCAGUUGGCACCCAGGCACCUGGAGGGACAAAACAGUGGCAGGAAGUUCCAGCAGCUGGGAUUUUCAGAAUUGAUCUAAAAUCUGCGGCCAAUUCCAAAUGUGUGACUUUAUACUUUUAUCCUUGGAAACAUAUUUCUGGGGAGAAUGUUAUUGAAGAAUGUGUUAACGCCCUCACUCAAAUUUCACCAGACUUACCAACUUUUGUAUCAGUGGUGGUGAACAAGGCCAAACUGUAUCUUGAGAAACCUAUUGUUCCUUUAAAUAUGAUGAUGCCACACGCUCGAUUGGAAACUCAGAGCAAAAAAAUAUCCAAUAUUCCAUCUACCAAAGAGACACUUCAGGUCUUUCUUACAGACAGUUACAUGAAGAAAGUAGUCCACCAGUUCAUUGAUGUCUUGAGUACCGCAGUCAAGAGACGUGUCUUGUAUUUGUCGAGAGACAAAAGCCUGACACCAAAUGAAGUUUUGAAAACUUGCUACAGGAAAGCAAAUGUUGCAUUUCUGUUUUCGGGAGGCAUUGAUUCCAUGGUGAUUGCAGCCCUUGCUGAUCGUCAUAUCCCUUUAGAUGAACCAAUUGAUCUUCUUAAUGUAGCUUUCAUGGUGAAAGAAAAGACUGUGCCAAGUAGCUUUAAUAGAAGGCAAGAUCAGAAAGAUUAUGGUGAAAUGCCUUCUAAAGAACUCUCUGAGAGUGCUGGUGCUGUUGAUGGUGACAGUCCUGAUGAUAAUGUCCCAGAUAGAAUCACAGGAAGAGCCGGACUAAAGGAACUGCAAACUAUCAACCCAUCUCGAGUUUGGAAUUUUGUUGAAAUUAAUGUUUCUCUGGAAGAACUGCAAAAGCUAAGAAGAACUCAAAUUCGUCACUUGGUUCAGCCCUUGGACACAGUGUUGGAUGACAGCAUUGGCUGUGCGGUCUGGUUUGCUUCUAGAGGGAUCGGUUGCUUAGCAACCCAGGAUGGAACGAAAUCAUAUCAGAGCAGUGCAAAGGUUAUUCUCACAGGCAUUGGUGCAGAUGAACAGCUUGCUGGUUAUUCUCGUCAUCGUGUCCGCUUUCAGACACUUGGACUAAAAGCAUUGAAUGAGGAAAUAGCAAUGGAGCUGGGUCGGAUUUCUUCUAGAAAUCUUGGUCGUGAUGACAGAGUUAUUGCUGAUCAUGGCAAGGAGGCAAGAUUUCCUUUCCUGGAUGAAAAUGUUGUUUCCUUUCUAAAUUCCUUACCCAUCUGGGAAAAAGCAAACUUGACUUUACCCCGGGGAAUUGGUGAAAAGCUAAUUUUACGUCUUGCAGCUGUGGAACUUGGUCUUACAGACGCUGCCCUUCUGCCAAAACGGGCCAUGCAGUUUGGAUCCAGAAUUGCAAAAUUGGAAAAUAAUAAGGAAAAGGCAUCUGACAAAUGUGGAAGGCUCCAAGUCAUUUCCUUAGAAAACCUUUCUUAGGAAAAGGAGAUUAAAUCAUGAUAUGAUUUCACAGUGUUACAGUAUUUACUGAAUGACAGUUAUAUAAAAAUAAAAUACCCCACUGCUUUGCUAUUGUAUAUUGUA